AAAUCAACAAAUAUCAAAUCGAAAUCGUACGACGACAAAAGUGGCUAAGAAAAGAGAGAGAGAAGAGAGAGAGAGCAUUUUCGGAAAGGUUGUUCGGUAGGAAAGAGGAAGAGAAACCAUCGUUUCGGGUCGAUUACCUAUUUCUAGUUGUAUAAAUAAAAUAUAUUGAAAUAAAUUAUAGAGUUUUGAGAGUUUGGGAUUUUGAUUUUAUUUUUGGAUUUUGCCAAGGAAAAAAAAGAUAGAGCUUUCGGGGAUAAAUUUUGUUGUUUAUGGAGGUGUUGCCGAUGAGAUACGUACUCGUGGUUGUUGUUGUAUUGGUGUAUGAAUUUUCUACUUUUAGCUACGUAUCUUCGUAUUCCAAUCCGUAUGCUUCCGAAUCGACGUGCCGGCGCCGUCAGUCUCCUUCGUUUCUGUACGAUCUGAAAUUUCAGUGCUCCCUUCCGAUCUCCAAGCCUUCCUUUCCCAUUGAGAUGGAUGGAGAGUCGCUUGACAAAGUUCUGGACUCCAGUCAAAAGGAUGGGCUUACUGCUGUUUUAUUCUAUGCGGCAUGGUGUCCUUUCUCCAGCCGUGCUAGACAAGUGUUUACCACUCUUAGCUCCAUGUUCCCACAGAUCAAGCAUGUAAUGGUUGAGCAAUCUGCAACAAGGCCAAGUGUUUUCUCGAGGUAUGGUAUUCACAGCUUGCCUUCAAUUUUAAUUGUGAAUCAGACAGAAAUGUUGCGAUAUAAUGGCCACAAAGAUCUCCAUUCUCUUGUGAAGUUCUACAAGAAAACUACAGGUCUUUAUCCAAUCAUGGAUAUGAGUGAGAGUGAAAACAGCUAUGUUGAGAAAACCCAAGAAAUUUUCAUUCCAUGGAAUGGAACCUCAUUGAAGGAAACGUUCAGCACGGAGCCAUACUUGGUACUUUCGGCAGCAUUUGUGUUAUUAAGGGCUUUAUUGUAUUUCUUCCCGGGGAUAGUAUCUCGUGCUGUGGCUUUGUGGGCUGCAUAUGUACCUCAUCUAAACAUGAGCGUAUUUGGAGAGUCAAAGCAGCUUUUAGGGCAUGUUCUCCACGUGAUUGAUCUGAAGAGGGUAUUGAGCAAGCUAAAGCUGUGCAAAGCAAGGAACUUCCACCGAGGUGCACGGAAUGCUCGAGUUUGGGCUUCAUCUCUGACUUCCGUUUCCCUAGGAGAAGCUUCCUCUUCGAGAGUACUAUCCCCUUCCGGGGACUUGUGAGUACGAGUACGAGCUGGUGGGGUGGGCGUUCAGUUCACAUCCAAACAUCAGAAUCCAAACUGCAGGCAGGACUUAGAUCACUGAAACCGGCUUCUAAAGCAUGUAGAUUUUGCCCCUUUUUUGCCCUUUUUCUUCUUGCUAGUUAUUGUUGUGGCUCUGCUAAAUCAUUUGUUUUCUUUCUGCAAAGAAUUAUAGUGUUGUGCUUUGGAGCUGGAAGUAUACAGCAGUGAAUGUAAAUUUCAGAAGAGAUGCUUUCCUCCUGUGUAUAUUAUUAUGGUAAGUGAAGGAAAACUGACUUGCAAGCAAACUUGUUAAUCGAAAUGAAUGUUGGUUGUUUCACUGC